AUUGAAAACUAAUCAAUUUGUACAGUUCACAUUUGAUAGUCUUCCAAACAACAGUCUCAAUCAUUGUUCGUAAUGCGUUGGCCAUUGUUCAUUUUAUUUGGUGCUAUCUUUGUUUCUAGUGUAAAUUCAUUCUAUGACUGUUGCUUUUUACCGGGGUCACCAGGAUCUACUGGAAGAUGUGUUCCGGUAGAGAACUGUAGUCAUGCCCAUGCAAAUGUGAUUGCAUUACAGUUCGAACCGAGUGGCUCAUUCGUUCAGUACCUGCAAAGUCGACUGUGUGGUUAUGGACCGUACGGCAAUGCUCACAUAUGUUGCGAAGAUCAGUUCAAUUAUAAUGAGCGGAUAAGCACUCGCAGGAAACCACAAGCGCGUCGAUCUUGUCGCACAUUUCGUCAUGGACAAGGCGUGUGUGUACCGAUAGAAACAUGCCCAUCGAUAUACAAUUGCAGUCUGGAAAUACAGCGGAACUAUAAUCCAACUCUCCAUCUGCAUCUAACUCAAAGCUUUUGCUAUCAGGAGCAGGGCAAGGUCUUUGUUUGUUGCGAUGAUGAUCAAGACAUACGCCAGAGUUUGAAACCAUUGAAGAAGCCUGGAUGGCAACGGUGUAAAACCCCAUUUUCAGAUGUUGGUAAAUGUGUUCCACCUAGUCGGUGUGGGUUGAUUGAAAACAGUGAUGAUGUGCCAGAGUCGUUCAAAGCUUUCACGGUAGGAUGUGAUCAACCAAAUAGUGUAAGCCAUAUGUGCUGUCCCAAGAAUGAAAUUCGCUAUGACACGGAGCUCGGUAAGAAGUGUACCACACAAGCUGGGAAAUCAGGAUUUUGUACUGAAACAGACCGGUGUGAUGAUUUUCUUAGCGCAGAUGAUCGUCAGGAGUUUACAAGGAAUAAUUGGUGUUAUACCAGUUUGGAGCAGAUAGAUUACGUCUGCUGUACGAGCAAAAAUAUUUUAGAUGUUUCCAGUAGAAUUAUCGAGUUGGGUAGUCGAGUAGGAGAGGAUGCAGAUACUUGUUCGACACCUAACAAUACUCCUGGUCGUUGUGUGGCACUUGCUCAGUGUUCUCCGAUCGUGUCGUUACUGCGAGAAGCAUCUGCUGCCAAAACACCGGUCUCACCAACUCAGGCAACCUUUUUGAAAAACAGUGUUUGUACACCGGCAAAAAAAUCGGAAAGCUCCUAUUACGUUUGCUGUGAUGAGGUUGCAUUACAAACGCCCACUACACCUGCUACCCCUAGCGUAACUCCAGCAGCGGCCAGCUCCAAUGAUAUUACUAACCAUCCAAAUUUACGUUUGAUGGAUCGUAGCAACUGUGGCAGAACAAAUUUAGAUGAUAAAAUAUCGUUUGGACAGCAAGCUUCUAUGUACCAAUAUCCCUGGAUGGCUAUGCUUAUCUAUAGAUCUGCUAAUGGGGUAGAAAAUCCAGAGUGCGGUGGAACUGUAAUCAACUCUCGAUAUGUAUUGACGGCCGCACACUGCAUCGAUGGUCAAAUAGAGCGUUUAGUGUAUAUUCGUCUGGGAGAAUACGAUACUCGUACCGAUCCUGACUGUGAUGAAUACAAGGACUGCGCUCCCCCAUUUAAGAGAUAUAGUGUGGAGGAUUAUGUAAUGCAUCAAAACUUUACAAGAAUGGUUCGCUCAGGCAAUGAUAUUGGGUUGCUCCGUUUAAAUCGUAACAUAGAUUUUAGUGAUGGUGAUGUAUCACCAAUUUGCCUUCCGUUUACCAAUGCUUUGAUUCGAUUCGACCCCAGUCUGUACUGGAUCACAGGUUGGGGAUUAACAGAGCGGUUGGAGAGUAGUCCGAUUCUGCUGCAAGCUAGAAUUCCAUCGGUUUCAUGCAGUUUAAGCACUCAUUCAAUAUGCGCUGGCUAUGGCAAUGGUACACUUCAUUGUCGCGGUGACUCCGGUGGGCCGAUGAAAGUUCAAGUUCCAGAAUUCAAUUUCAGAUUCGUCCAGUAUGGAGUCAUUUCCGCUGGCCCAGGGUGUGGAGUUACGGGAACUCCAGGCAUUAGUACUCGUGUGUCAUUUUUCAUUCGAUGGAUUUUAGACAACAUUCGAGAGUAAAAUAAAUAUUGAAAAACGUGAAAGUAAUUACAAUAACAUAACA